AUGCCGCAAAUGUCAGGAAUCUCACCAAAGAAGAUCGCAGCAGAAAUGCGAGCUGAUGCCGCAGCUCAUCACGCUACUGUCACUACAGAUUUGAGGAUUUACCAAGAACAUGUGAACAAGCUGAUGGCUACGCUCAGAAAUAAAGACAAAGAAAUCGCCACCUUGUGCGGAAAAAACGACACUCUCAAAGAGUCGAUCAAGAAGCGAAAAAGCAAACUUGAAGAGCUCUGCUGCGCCGAAGAAAUGAUGGAAAUCAAGGAGAAGCAAGUUCAAAAGCUAAAAGAAGAUGUAAAGCGCGCUAAUUUGAGGACGCAGGCAGUGAAAGAAGAGCUCAAGGAGGCGCAUUCCAAGCAAUUAGCUAUUCAAGGCGAGAAAGAAAUCCUGAUUAGACGGAACGAUGCGCUAAUCGCGGACAACGAGCGAUUCCGCAAUCGUCUGCUCCAAACCGAAAAGGAUGUCGCCGACACUAAGGGCGAACUUGAACUGAUCGACGACCUCAUUAAUAGUAUUCAUGGCGACGCAACAACGACCACACAGCAGGUGAAACCCGCAGAAAGUCAAUCAGCUCUAACUCUUCUCAACAAGCUCAAGGAAAACCGAGACCGAGGCUUCAGCGAGUUGGAAGAAACCGUCAAUCUUCUGAAAUCGCCACAGCGAUCAUCUACCCGACUCGAAUAA